CCCGUCAUGGCAAAUCUUCAAAGACUGCCGGUGUGAGCUCUGAGAUCUAAUCGGUCUCUUUCAACUGAAGUUUUCGUGUUUAAUUGCCGGAGAGCAUGUUGCACGGGGUCGGAAGGCGUUUGCCAUGAGAUUUCUGCUCCGAGCUGGUGUUGUGCGAGCCGCCCUUCACCCGGCAUCACAACGAUGUCUUUCAACGACGCCACGACUAUGGGCCAGCGUCAAAUUGGCCGAAACAAGCUCUGAGAAUGGGAAGCCAUCGAUUGCUGAGACGCUGGCAGCAAACAACAAGCCCAAUAAGCGCUCAAAAGUCUCUAGUCGUUCGCGAACCAGUUCUGUGAGCAAAGGCCAUGAUCCCAAAUCACGCCUGCGUCUGGACGACAAGAAAAAGUACACCGGCCGCCAUGCUGUGUUCCGAUCUACCGUGUUGGCGCGCUUCCAGAGCGUUCUGAAGCGGUUCGAUUCGUCUGAUGUGUCCCUUGCCGGCGCCGGCGAGGAUGAGCUCAACCGCCAGGCCUCCCUCUUUAUGGACGUCCUAGACCAAGCCUUUGCAUUGGCGGAGCAAAACAUCACUCGAAGAGACAGGAACCCUCUGUUCUGGAACCUCCGAGAUGCCUUUAUCCUGAAGGAUCUCAAGGGUCUCUCCAACGAGAUUCAGUACUCAUUCCAAUCGUUCCUAAUCCGACAGCGCUUUUCGAAAGGACUGGAAGAGAGUCACAAGCGCUUGCUCGAUUUCCGAUUCCCUCACGAGUGGUUUCCCGCUACGCGAGCCAUGCAACGUACCGUUCACGUUCACGUCGGGCCCACCAACUCAGGCAAGACAUACCGAGCCCUCCAGGCACUGGAGAACUCGAAACGAGGUGUCUACGCUGGACCUCUUCGGCUCCUUGCCACCGAAGUCUACCAGCGACUCACGGCCAAGGGCGUACCUUGCGCUCUGCUGACCGGAGAGGAAGUACGGAUCCCAGAAAAUACGGAUCAAUUCUUCUCAAGCUGCACAGUGGAAAUGACGCCUCUCAACGAAAAAUUCGACGUUGCUGUUAUCGACGAGAUUCAGAUGAUUGGAGAUGCGGAUCGUGGUUCGGCUUGGACCUCGGCUCUGCUGGGCGUCCAAGCCAAGGAAGUCCACGUCUGUGGCGAGGAGCGUACGGUCAAGCUGCUCCAGUCACUUUGCGCCCUCAUUGGAGAUGAAUGUAUCGUACACCGAUACGAGCGACUAAGCCCACUCGAAGCCAUGGAUACUGCGAUUGACGGUGAUUACAACAAACUUGAGAAGGGCGACGCCAUUGUCGCCUUUAGCCGACUUAAUCUGCACGCCUUGAAGCGAAGCAUCGAGAAGCACACCGGCCGGCGCUGUGCCAUCAUCUACGGCUCCCUCCCCCCUGAGGUGCGCGUCCAACAGGCUGCGCUGUUCAACGACCCGGACAACGACUACGAUUACAUUGUGGCAAGCGACGCCAUUGGAAUGGGCUUGAACCUCGAGAUCCGACGAGUUGUCCUUGAAUCCGUCACAAAGUUUGACGGGAGCCAGCACCGACUGCUCACCUUUCCCGAACUGAAACAGAUUGGUGGCCGCGCUGGACGGUACCGGACGGCCAGGAACGCCACGGAAUCUACCCCGGAAGGCGAAAUCGAAGCGCAAAAGAUUGGAUACGUCACCGCCAUGGACCGAGCGGAUUUGAAGAAUAUUCACCGAGCCUUUGACUCUCCAGCUGAUGACCUCGCGGCCGCCUACAUCAACCCCCCAGCGGCAGUGAUAGAGCGCUUCGCGACCUACUUUCCCCGCGGCACGCCCCUAUCAUUCAUCCUGAUGCGCAUUCGAGAGCUGGCCUCUGUUGGCAAUAAAUUCCUCCUCAGUGUCCCGACAGACGUGUUAGAGAUUGCCGACGCCAUCCAAGACAUUCCGCUGACCAUCUACGACCGACUGACUCUCUGCCACGUACCCGUGUCGGUCCGAGCCGACCAGUCAAUUGCGGUGCUACGCGCCCUAGCAACCAUUAUAUCCAAAAACGAAAACGGAGACUUGCUCAACAUCAAGGAGAUUCCCCUAGAGUCCUUGGACGUACAGCAGAAGGAUUUCAGCGGCUCCCCACAAGAUUACCUCUAUAUGCUGGAGUCCCUCCACGUCUCCAUCAACCAGUACGUCUGGCUGUCUUAUCGAUACUCGGGCAUGUUCAGAAGCCAAGCACUGGCGUUCCAUGUGCGAUCCCUGGUUGAGCAGAGACUUGUUGAGACGCUGGAGAGGCUGGACUUUACCGACGAGGAUCUCGAGUACCAGCGAAAGUCCAAGCGACUCCAGGUGCAUGCGCGGAUGAAUACAAAGCGCGCUAUCGAGGAGAUCGAGGCGGAUGGGGACUUGAGCCCGGCUCACGACCAGGCGGUACCCUAUGCCCCAGUUGGGUAAGGAGGUGGAAUGCACUCUUGAACGGCACCUCAAACGCUCAUGAGGAUUUGUAUGAGCUUGACGAGAAGGACAUGUCAAUGAAUGGCACGAUAGCAUGUACUGCAUGGCGUUUGGUGAGGGUCCAAUGACUGUAAAAAUAUUAGACUACCUUAGGAUUGGAUAUCCCGGUGUAAUUGUAGACCCAUCAUGGUGUACCAGUAUUCUGUACUAUAGGAUAGGACGAGACAUAGGUGCAUUUGUCCGAAGAACAUUAUUCUCUCCAA